AUGAGAGGGAAUACAUUACCGCUUAUAAGAUCGUUUCGACCCAGAUCAAUAGGGUGUAAACGAUGUCAUUCCACCUCCACUUCCACCGUCAAUCCAGCAUCAACAUCGACAUCGAUAUCACCUAUUUCACCUAGACUCCGAUUCGCUCCUUCCCCUACUGGGCAUCUCCAUCUAGGAGGAUUAAGAACUGCUCUGUUCAAUCAUCUUUUAGCUAGGAAAUGGAAAGGGAAAUGGCUGUUGAGGAUUGAAGAUACCGAUAGGACGAGAUUCACAGAAGGGGCUGUGGACAGUCUAAGAGGUGCGUUAGAAUGGGCAGGAUUAGAUUAUGAUGAAGGUGUCGGGAUAGGAGGGAAACACGGACCCUAUACACAAUCAGAGAGACUGGAUAUAUAUCAUCAUUACACGAAAGAGCUUUUAUCACGAGACGAGGCGUAUGAGUGUUUUUGCUCACCAGACGAAUUACAAGCUAUAAAAUUAUCAUUACAUCAACAAGGUCAAAGAAAUAGUUAUGAUGGUAGAUGUAGACAUAUAAGUGAUGAAGAGAGGACUAGGAAAAAGAAAGCUGGUGAGAAAUACGUUGUGAGAUAUAAGUCGUCAUCACAAGAUAUGGAAAUACCACCUGAUUUGAUAUUUGGCGAUAAUCAACCUUCAGCACCAACAUCUGAAUUUGAUGAUUUCGUUUUGAUGAAAUCUGAUGGAUGGCCGACAUAUCAUUUGGCGAGUGUUGUAGAUGAUCACCUAAUGGAGAUUACCCACGUACUACGAGGGGAAGAAUGGUUACCGUCGAUACCGAAACAUCAUUCCUUAUAUAAAGCAUUCGGUUGGAAACCACCUCAAUUUGCCCACUUACCAUUGUUGUGUAAUCCUGAUGGAACAAAGUUGAGUAAGAGGAAAGGAGAUACUUUCGUACAACAUUAUAUGAAACAAGGGUAUGAACCUUCAGCAUUAUUAAAUUUCCUAGCUUUAAUGGGAUGGGAUUAUCAUUCUGCGCUGUCGACUCAAACGACACUUGAUCCGCAUAUACGUAAUGAUGGCCAUUCAUUAUAUGAAUUAUUCACAUUAGAUCAAUUGAUAAAUUCAUUUGAUAUAAAUCAUGUAGCACAUAGGAAAGCGGCUGUUAACAUGUCAAAAUUAGAUUUCUUGAACAAGAUGACAUUGAGGAGGAUGGCAGGUAGAUUAGGUGAUGAUGGGUUAAUGGUCAAUGCUGGUAAAAUGAGUCAUGAUCAUGAAAAAGAACAAGAGGAAAGAAGAGGCUUGAUCGAGAGAUUCCAAUCUGGACUGAAGGAUGAAAAGGCUCUGAAAGGAUGUGAAUUAGUGGAUAAUAUCGACUAUGUCGAAAAGGUAUUCGAUGCUGAACUGCCUCGAACCACGAUACUGAAUGAAAUGCCACUAUAUUCGAUAUUUUACUUUUUACCCCCGGCAUAUACUUGUCACGAAUCACAGUCAAUAUUGAAAGACUUGAAUCUAAGGAUAUACAGUCAAUACGUCACGUUAUUCGCAGAUACGUUACAAUCCCAUCCGAGCAUAAGGAAUAAAUCAUUAGAUGUAGAUACAGUUUGGGAUGUCAUUCAUCAUUCAUUGGAUCAAUUGAAACUAGAUAAAAAACCGAAAUUACUAGUUCCUAUAAGACAUGCUCUAACAGAGAGGAAAAAAGGUCCUAGUGUACCUGAAUUAAUCACUAUUCUAGGUUUAGAUGAAACGCUUUCAAGACUCAGGAAAGGUGUAGAAUACGUAGGUCAACUUGACCAAUCGAGGAGAAAAGACAAGGACGAGUGA